AUGGCCGACGAAAAUUGGAAAAUUUCGGAAGAUCAGGCGGAACAAUUGUACACGUGGAUCGCUACGAUUCCCUUCUCGAAACCGAAAAAGAAUUUAACGAGGAACUUUUCGGACGCUGUACUGAUGGCAGAAGUCCUCAAGGUGUACUACCCCCGCUUCGUUGAUCUUCACAAUUACGUGCCAGCCAACAAUUUGACGACGAAGAAAGAAAAUUGGAACAUAUUGAAUCGGAAAGUGUUCAGCAAGAUUAACAUGAAACUGUCCAAAGAUAUGAUCAACCAGCUAGCAAAUUCACAACCUGGCGUCGCUGAACACUUGUUGCUGGAGCUGAGGAGUAAAAUUUUAAAGAAUUCCGAUCAUUCGAACGCUUUAUGCAACGAAAAAGAAAAGGACUCUGCGGAGGAUGGUGUAGAAGACGCCGACACGUCUAGAACGCAGGCCAUGUCCCAGUCUAUCAAGCCGGAAGACGUCGUUCCUCGUCACGUUUGCACGCAAUUAAAGCAAGAACUCCGCGCGAAAGACGACAUUAUCUCCACCUUAAAUUGCAAGGUCGCGUAUCUAGAGAAUGCGAUGAAAGUGAAAGACCUGCGAAUAUCGAACCUGGCGUCGCAAAUUUUGCAGAACGCCGUAGACUCCGAACAACUCGCGAAAAAUCAAACGAACGAGGCGCUAAGCAAGCCUCGUACACGAGCAUUCAAUAUUCCGGAGAAAAUGAAACCGGAAGAAUAA